ACAACCGACAUCUGAUAUCGAGAAUGACAACUCUGCAGUAAAAAUAGAGUUUGAAUUACGUAAAUAACACGUGACUAACAACAAAUGACACACAACUUCCGGUAACCAUUUUGAUCAGCAUUUCCAUUUUGUGGACUCGAAAUCAGCCUUUUUGAGUUUUACAAAUGGACAACACAAACGCUUUCAGUUACAAGGGCAAAUUAAUGGAAGGCCCAUUAAGCAUUGAACAAAAGGAAUACGAUAUAGCAGGCCGAACUGUGAAGAUAUUUCCACCUGAUAAAAUGGAUAAAAUUCCACUCACAGUGUUACACAUGGCUCCAAAAACUGUUUGUUCUGACAAAGACAAAUGCUACCAAACAGAGAUAGGAUUUAAAGUGGAGGAGGAAAAUGAGGAUUUUUUAAUAUUGAAUCAAAAUGAUGCCAUCCCUAAAACGAUUGAUGCAUGGGAUGAAGAUCAUCACUCUGGAAAGAUGAAGGGGUUUAAAUAUAGCGUUGGAGAAAAAAUAAUUGAGUCGAAACAAGAACACUGGGUUUCCGAUCACGUUUUAGAGGAUUUAGAUGGUGCUGAUUUGGGUAUCAACCUUCGAAAUACAGACACAGUUUUAGAGUGCACCAGACAAAGCAGCGUUAUUGAUUUGAAAGAAGAAAGAAGGAAAAAGGAGCCAAAAGUAUUUUUUGAAGAUUUUGUUGACAAGAGGCAAGAGGACGAACAAAUACUAAAUGAAACCACAAUAGCACUAAAAUUGCAUGACAAGCAAUGUAUCGCUGAGGAGUAUUUUGAAUCGGUCGAUCAGCCACAGGUUCAGAAUGAAGAAAUAUGUAUCAAGCAGUCACUAGACCUAAAUGAAGAAUACCUGGCCAAUCUGGCCAUUUCACAGAUUAAAGGAGAUAUCAUCAAGCAAGAAACAGGGAACCAUGACAAAGUGCUCGUUGAUAAUCACAAAAUGCCAAACGAAGGAGAUUUCGUCAGUUUGAAAUCAAAACGCGCGAAAGGACCAAGGGAAAUAAGGGAGAUAGGAAAAGGAGCAUUUGGAAAAUGCUUUCAAGUUGAAUUUUCUUCGAAAUAUGGUGGAACCGUAAAUGUGGCAAUCAAGAAGAUUGAAAGUAAAAGAAAACACAAUCAAGAGGUAGAGGAAAUGAGAAAAGAAUUUCGGAUGCUUAGAAGACUUAAUCAUCUGAAUAUCGUCCGAUGCUACUGGGAUAAUUUUGAUGAUGGACAAGGAAAAUACAGCAUAGCCAUGGAAUAUAUGUCUGGUGGCACUAUCAGUCACUAUUUGCAUCACCGCAAGGGAGGAUUGCCAGAAGACUAUAUUAAACAUUACCUUGUUCAGAUACUAGAUGGUAUGGAAUACUUACACUCUGUGAACAUACUACACAGAGAUUUAAAAGGAGAGAACUUGCUUCUUUCUGAAGACUUAUAUGACUUGAAAAUAUGUGAUUUCGGCUGUGCAACUGAGGUUAAAGAUAUUGUCAAUGGCUAUAAAGAUAAACAGCUUGUAGGAACUGUGCCGUUUAUGCCGCCGGAGGUUAUUCGGGAGCAAUUGUAUAGCGCUGCAAGUGAUGUUUGGGCAGUGGGCUGUUGUAUUAUACAAAUGACUACAGGCAAACUACCUUGGAACGCUAGUGGCAACAAAAAUGAAGAGCUGUCUCUUAUGUUUAAGAUUGGAAAAGCUGAAAAUCCACCGCCGAUCCCAAAAUAUUUGUCAUCUUCAUUAUAUGCUUUGACGAGAAGUUGUCUUCAGAUUGACAAACAGAAAAGACCAUCAGUGAAAGAGUUGCUAACCAACCAAAUCUUCGAUGAUUUUUGAAUAUAAUGUCAAGCGAUUUUCAAAACAUGCAAAGGAACUGUGAACAUUUGAAGAAAAGAAAACAACCACACAAAAACAGACAACACGAAACACUUUCAAGAAUUGUUGUAAUAUGUUUGACUUAUUGUGAACUGUGUUCUUUUUUUGAGAUAGUAUACUUUUUGUGUUUGUAAUAAUAUAGUCCUUUUUGAGAUAGUAUUAAUUUCAUCUGUUUUUGUAAUUUCUUCUUAUCCUAAAUCUUUAGAAGAAUGAAUCCUAUUUUGACGUAAAUGUCAUUGAUAAUUUUAGAAAUUUACUGUUAAAAUUCAUAUUGUGAAAUUCAUAUUUUUAUAACCCCCCCCCCCCCCCAAAAAAAAAAAAAAAACCCAACAAAAAAACCAACAACAUAUUUUAGUUAUAUAAAAGGUAAGGUAAACAAAUUGACUAGUUAACAUUGAGAUAUUAGUACUAUAAAGUCCAAGAAUCAAAUAAAAUAUUAAUCGUGAGAAUUUAACAAUCUGGAUGAUGUAUAUUAGAACUUAAUAAAAAUUAAUGAAUUGUAUUUAAUAUUGUCAUUCUUUCUAUUCUCCUGGAUUCGCAUUGAAAUUUUUUUAAAAAGUUUCCUCAUAUAUCUUAGUAUGUAGAAGUUUGAAUUGGUUGCAUGUAUACAUAGAAAAUAUAACCUUUAAUUGAUAAUAAGUUCCACUAUUGAUGAAUAUAUUAUAAACUUAUCUGAUAUGAAACUUUGUAUUUCUUUCACUUGUUAUUGACAUUUCUAGAAUCUAUCUAUUAAGAAGACAUAAUGGUAAUUAAUAUUGGUGACUGAAAAUGGACCAUUAAUACACACUGUUAACUGAAUAUAGAUAGAAAUCUGCAUUUUUCAUGUAAUUUUGCUAUUUUUAAUGCUUCCGAUGGAUCAUUUUUUUCAAGAUAUUUAACCAAAUGUUAAUUCUUAACUGAUGCGUUUUAGAUUGUUCAUGUUUAACAUCAUUUGAAUGGAAUAAACACAUUAAGAUCA